AUGCUCUCCUUGCCUUUAGAAAUAGAAUAUAUAUCAUAUAAAGGAAUAUCAAUUAUAUUCAAAAGUAGAAAUCAAAAAAAAAUUAAAUUGAUUUACAUUAAAUAUUUUUAAAACGAAUAUCCAGAAAGAGCAUAGCCAUUAGCUAAUGAAGAAGUUGAACCUCAAAUUUUAGAACUUGCCUAGUAGGCAGCAGCUCUAAAAUAAUUAAAAAAAGGAGCGAAUGAAACCACAAAAACUUUAAAUAGAGGUAUUGCUGAGUUGGUCAUUAUUGCAGCUGAUACAACACCAUUAGAAAUAGUACUUCAUUUGCCUUUGCUUUGUGAAGAUAAGAAUGUUCCAUAUGUAUUUGUUAAGAGCAAGGUUGAUUUAGGUAGAAUGUGUGGUACAAGCAGAAAUGUAGUUGCAUGCUCAGUGAUUAAAGAUAAAAACUCAAGAAUUAACUAAAAUAUCACAUACUUAAAAGAUUUGUGUGAAAGAUUAUAAAUCAACUAAGAAGCAUGAUCAAUAUUAAAAUAUUUGAUGAACAUAAAUAAUUUAUACUUUUAUAGUAAGUAACAUAAACAGA